GAUCUGAUCGGUUCACUGAGUUUCGGGACACAGACAGUGACGGUACGUUUCCAGCAUAGUUAUGCAGGUCGGCCAUGUGGUUAAUAGAAUGUGUAAAUAUUGGUGUAACUACAAGAAAGAGCAAGUGUUGGCAAACUUCGCCAACUUUGCCUCCAAUCCGAGGAAUCUGGAGGACCUGAGAACCCUUCAGGUGACUGAACUCUUCUUGGACAUGCUCACAGAGGAGAAUGAGAAUGUGCUGUUCUUCUCCAUCUCCCAUAGCCCACGCCUGCGUAACUUGGCCUCUGUGUUCCUCCAGGACUGCUGCACUAAGGAUCAGGUGGCCAGGGCAGAGGCACUUAUGCAGGGACACAAUCCUACAGCACUGGGAUCCCCCUUCCUAAGGACUAGGCUAGUCUGGAGACAUGAUUGCUAG